AUGGCGGCGGCGGCGUGUAGUUUUGAGGCGACGGAGACGAUGAAGGAGUUGAGGGAGGCUUUCGAGAGCGGGAAGACGAGGAGCGUGGAGUGGAGGAGAUCUCAGCUGAAAGCGCUGUUGAAAAUGGCGGAGUUUCAUGAGAACGACAUCCUGGAUGCCCUCCGCUCCGAUCUCUCCAAGCCGGAGCUCGAAUCUUUGCUUCAAGAGAUUGGCAUGAUGAGAGCAUCAUGCAAAGUGGCAUUGAAAGAAUUAGCACGUUGGAUGGCACCAGAAAAGGUGAACACAACAAUGGCAACCUUUCCUUCAUCAGGAGAAAUUGUUCCAGAACCGCUUGGUGUUGUCCUAGUCAUAUCUGCUUGGAACUAUCCUUUCAUGUUGUCUCUUGAUCCUCUCAUUGGAGCUAUUGCGGCUGGGAAUGCUGUGGUUCUGAAACCGUCAGAAAUUUCCCCUGCAACAUCCUCAGUCCUUGCAAAACUCCUAGGACAGUAUAUGGAUUGUUCAGCAGUUAAAGUGAUUGAAGGUGGUGUACCUGAAACAACAUUACUGCUGGAGCAGAAAUGGGAUAAAAUCUUUUAUACAGGAAACGGCAGAGUGGGACGCAUUGUGAUGGCUGCUGCUGCAAAGCAUCUAACUCCUGUUGUAUUGGAGCUUGGUGGAAAAUCUCCAGUUAUUGUUGAUUCCAACACGAAUUUAAAAGUAAUGGAAGAAAUAACAUGCAUUUACUUUCUGAAGGUCACUGUACGAAGAAUUAUUGCCGGCAAGUGGGGAUGCAAUAGUGGUCAAGCUUGCGUAUCACCUGACUACGUAAUAACUACAAAAAAGUUUGCCCCAGAGCUGGUACAUGCCCUGAAGUCUGAACUAGAGAUAUUCUAUGGGAAGGAUCCUGUAACAUCAGUUGAUUUAUCCCGCAUUGUGAAUUCCAAUCACUUCCAGCGCUUAAGUAAACUGUUGGAAGAGGACAAGGUUUCUAGUAAGAUAGUCUACGGAGGUCAGAAGGACAUCAACAAUCUGAAGAUCGCGCCUACCAUUUUAUUGGAUGUUCCGGAUGACUCCCUAAUCAUGAAUGAGGAAAUAUUUGGCCCAUUACUUCCUAUCAUCACUGUUGACAAAGUGGAGGAUAGUUUUAAGAUUCUGAAACCCAAAGAGAAGCCACUUGCAGCUUACCUAUUCACAAACGACAAGAAGCUGAAGGAGGAUUUCAUCAGUAAUGUAUCAGCAGGGGGUUUGGUUGUCAACGACACAACAAUGCAUCUUGCUGAGCAUAGCUUGCCAUUUGGAGGGGUAGGCGAGAGCGGAAUAGGAGCAUACCACGGCAAAUUUUCUUUCGACGCCUUUAGCCACAAGAAGGCAGUGCUGCUACGAAGUUUUGCUGCGGAUUUAACUGCCAGGUACCCGCCAUAUACACCUCAGAAGCAGAAAUUUCUGAAAGCGCUGCUAAGUGGCAGUUUACUUGCCAUUCUUCGUGCUUUACUUGGCUGGGACAAAUAG